UUCAUACAAGAACAGCACGUUCGAGUUUUAACUAUACAUUCUAUAGCGUGAGUGUCAGUACGUUUGUAUCAAGGGACACGUGUGGUUCAGUGACGUUGUUUGCGCGAAUUUGAUUAAACGAUUAAUACAAUUCUCCAAAAUGCUUACCGUCACCGUGAUAUGUUUUGGGAAUACGAAGAUACAUCAGGAUCUUGACAGAAUUGUCCAGUGCCCAACACAUAAAGAUAUACUAUGCAAUAGUACGAAUGAAUUGGUUAUAAAGAAACCAAGUGAAGAAAAAACCAGUAUAAAUGAGACAUCUGCAAGUGAACCAGUCAUAAGUGAAUCAAGUGAAAAUGAAUCGACUGAGAAAGAAACAAGUGAGAAGAAACCAAAACUCUAUGAUGUUAUGUUCUUCUCAGAGCGUUCUCAACGUUGUCGAUAUCAUCUGAAGACUCUGAAAAGUUGUGGAAAACCAGACUGUUCAGUAGGAUACUUAAGGAAAAUCAUAGAUCUUUUGGGCUCUGCAACUCAUACUUUGGAUGUAUGUAUAUUUUCCCUCACAUGUCAAUUUUUAAGAGAAGCGAUAUUUGCAGCAAGAGAGAGGGGUGUCGGUGUUAGAUUUAUUACAAACGAUUCAACGAUGACAAACGCAGGAACUACCGUUUUGAAAUAUUUUCUAGAAGAUAUUCGAAUACAAUGCAGAGAUUCUCCUAUAUAUUUGAUGCAUCACAAGUUUUGUGUUAUUGACAAUCGCAUCUUGAUAACAGGCAGUGCAAACUGGACUUUGUCUGCAUUCUUUGGGAAUUGUGAGAAUAUAAUAAUCACUGAUGAUUCAGAAAUCGUCCAGAAGUUUCAAGAUGAGUUUACAAAACUAUGGUGUCAUUUUGAGCAAAGAUCAUAGAGAGAAAUCAAGAAAUAUCGCGAAGACACUACUAUUUCCAACACAUGUGGUCGCCAUUCCCGGAGUCCCCAUGAAUUGAUGCGCUAGAUGUCGAUAAGCUUCAGUUUGUUAUUACUGUACGUGUCUUCAUAGCACCUCAUAGUACAAAUGUGAUAAAGACUGAAAUAUUAAAAUGAUGACGACUAAGGCUGAUGAAUA